GUCUCGUUAAAUCAGUGCAUUGUGAAUUAUUUUGCAGUUUGAAUUUUCCUGCAUGUUACUGUGACACACGGCUGUAAUUUAACUCUUAUAAACCCAUAUUACUCUCAAGACUGAUCGGAUUAUGAUUCUGUUGACUUGCGUAAUUACGCAUGGUAAUACAUGUAGCUACUACGCACGGGCGGGGCGGGGUCGCCUCCAGCUGCGGUGGUCCAAGGGGUUGAUGCUGAUGGAUCCAGCUUGACAGAACAAGGUUAUCCGCCAGGAGAGUGUCCGUCCAUUUUCUUCACCCGCUUCUCACUCACAGUAGCAGUAGCACCCCGCCCGUUCGCCGCUCGCUCGCGCCACGGAGCGCGUCUCGAGGCAGAGGCGCAGGACGAGUCCAGGUUGCCGCGCCCAACAUAACACGGGAUGCGACAGACUCCUGCAGCUGGGCUGGGAUGCAGAAGCAGGAACACAAAUGAUGUCGUUUGGAGGAAACAUCGUCUUUCUUGCACUUUGCUGAGACGAGAAACGCGAAGAAUCUAGAGGAGGAGGUUUUUAUUUGCCGCACAACACCGGAGUUGAUGGAACAGGAAAAGUCAUUUGCAUGGAUCUAAUUAGCCUUUACUGAUCAUUCGCGUGUUAACUUUUACCUUAAUGUGAAUCUGGGAAAACCGUGUGUGUUCUUUGCGAUGCACCUCAUUCGAGUGUUUCUCUAACGUCUUCAGCACACUGAAGCUGUGAAGAUGCAGAUGCUGCUGCUUUUAAGGACGAUCUUUUUCAUUGCAGGUUGUCCACACGUUUUGUUGCACGGAGAAAACCGUCAUGCACACACCAAAGAACCAGUCACUCUUAGGAGCCUUCGUGAUGCCAAACCCAGUGCCACACACCCUGCGAGACAUCAAGCCGCAGGUACACCUGCCUUCAACAUCAGACAGACUUCAGAAGACAACACUAACUUGCCUGAACAUCUGAUGCUGCUUUUGGAGAGCGGAGGUAAGCGGUAUGGAUACAGACAUCUCUUGUCGAACAGAACACACACAGUCACGGACAGAGGCACAAAGCUGCAUAAGCCCUUGCGGCGACAUAAAAGGAAAAAGUUGAAUGCUGGGAUGCCUGCUACCAUGGGAACAGUAAGUGGACACAAUAACUCUAAGCCGUAUUCAACAAGCAAGCGAGGAAGAAACCACAGACGCAAACGAGGCACAAAGGAACACCACAAGAAAGUGUUUAAGAGCUUGAAAAGGGGCCGGAAUAAAAGCGCUGUCCCACUGACACCAGUUGAAACUUAUUAUAACGCCCUGACAUCCUCUUUAUCCAUGUGGGAACCGAUGCCUAAGCCUCUAGCUCUCACCUCCACAGAUUUCCCAUUCGAUCUCACCAGAUAUGCUGAGUUCCACACCAAACCGAUAGACGACCCGUGGGACGCCACGCCAAUGACACCUCCAUACGCCGAGGAUGAGGAGAGCGAAAUCUUCCCCAAUCCUUUCUACCCCGUCACUAGCGAGACGUACGGGGCGUAUGCAAUCACCAUCAUUUCCGUCCUCAUUUUCACUGUUGGAAUAACAGGGAACAUAGCAAUAAUGUGUGUGGUGUGCCAUAACUACUACAUGAGGAGCAUCUCAAAUGCUCUUCUGGCCAACCUGGCCAUCUGGGACUUUGCACUGCUCUUGUUUUGCCUGCCACUCGUGGUGUUUCACGAACUCACAAAGACCUGGCUGCUGGGCCAGUUCACCUGUAAAGUCAUACCCUAUAUUGAGGUGGCGUCUCUGGGUGUGACCACCUUCACCCUCUGUGCGCUCUGCAUCGACCGUUUCCGUGCCGCGUCCAACGUCCAGAUGUACUACGAGAUGAUCGAGAACUGCACCUCCACCGCCGCCAAGCUGGCCGUCAUCUGGAUCGGUGCCUUACUCCUCGCCCUCCCCGAGCUCCUGAUCCGCCAGCUGGUGUCUGAAAACGGCGACGGCACGCUAGACGACCCGGCGUCUGAACGCUGCCUGAUUCGCAUCUCCACUUCCCUCCCCGACACGCUGUACGUCCUGGGCCUGACCUAUGAAGGUGCGCGUCUCUGGUGGUGCUUCGGCUGCUACUUCUGCCUGCCGACGCUCUUCACCAUCGGCUGCUCGGUGGCGACCGCUCGACGCAUCCGUCGCGCCGAACGCGGCUGUGCUAGAGGCAACAAGAAGCAAAUCCGCUUGGAAAGCCAAAUGAACUGCACCGUGGUCGCGCUGGCGAUCGUAUACGGUGCAUGCGUGGUUCCCGACAACGUGUGCAAUAUUGUUUCAGCGUACAUGGCGGCCGGGGUCCCGCAGAGCACCAUGGCACUGUUGCAUCUGCUCAGUCAGCUGCUGUUGUUCCUGCGCGCGACAGUCACACCGGUGCUUCUUCUGUGCCUCUGCAGACCCUUCGGUCGAGCCUUUCUGGAGUGCUGCUGCUGCUGCUGUGCAGAGGCGUGUGGGAUCGCAGCCCACUCUUCGGCCACAGCCAGCGACGACAACGAGCACGAGUGCACGACAGAACUGGAGCUGUCGCCGUUCAGCACUAUACGCCGAGAGAUGUCCAGCUACACAGCUACUGGAUCCCACUGCUGAGUGAACGUCUGUGGAUUCGAGUGCCAACUGUACUGUACUGUACUUACUGUGUAAAUACUUUGACCUCGACCGGUAUGUUGCUCUUUUAAAGAAGAUAAUGUAGACUGAAAAUGGUCUAAGUACUUUUUUUCGUUUAAUUGUCCUUAAUAUAUAUAAAUAUAUACUGUACUGUAUAUAUACACUGAACUAGUGACUGCUUUAAUUUUGCAGUUUUUUUGCACUGCCAAACACUUUAGAUUUCUCUUCAAUCUGUUUUUUCGCACUUGCAUCGCGUCUACACUGGAGGCAAACGACAUUGCUUUACUCCGCUUUAAACUGAGUCUGUCAAACCUGAUCUCACGGCAAUUCGUACAUAUUUUACAAGGUGGCUUAUUCGUACGAAUUCGUGCGACCACACUCGUACAAUUUCAU